CUCGAGGUGGGGAGGGGGGUGGACAGAGGCUUCUUAUUGGUGGGUUUUCCGGAAGCGAUGGAUUCGGAAUCUCGCCCGCAGUCGCGCAAGCGCGAGCGGCUGUGUGCGGUGCGCGAGCCCCCAGCGCAGGCCGGGAUGUUCGUCCUGGUGGAGAUGGUGGACACCGUCCGGAUCCCCCCUUGGCAGUUUGAGAGGAAGCUCAACGACUCCAUUGCCGAGGAGCUGAACAAGAAGUUGGCCAACAAGGUCGUGUACAACGUGGGACUCUGCAUUUGUCUGUUUGAUAUCACCAAACUGGAGGAUGCCUAUGUAUUCCCUGGGGAUGGCGCAUCACACACCAAAGUCCAUUUUCGCUGCGUGGUGUUUCAUCCAUUCCUAGAUGAGAUUCUCAUUGGGAAGAUCAAAGGCUGCAGCCCAGAAGGAGUGCACGUCUCUCUAGGCUUCUUCGAUGACAUUCUCAUCCCCCCAGAGUCACUGCAGCAGCCAGCCAAGUUCGACGAAGCGGAGCAGGUGUGGGUGUGGGAGUACGAGACGGAGGAAGGAGCGCACGACCUCUACAUGGACACCGGCGAGGAGAUCCGCUUCCGGGUGGUGGACGAGAGCUUUGUUGACACGUCCCCCACAGGGCCCAGCUCAGCAGAUGCCACCACUUCCAGUGAGGAGCUGCCAAAGAAGGAGGCUCCGUACACGCUUGUGGGAUCCAUCAGUGAGCCAGGCCUGGGCCUUCUCUCCUGGUGGACCAGCAACUAGCCCUGGGGCUGGACAGUGGACCCUAGCAGCCUGCGGGAAGGUGGUACGGCCGGCUGUGAAGACAACAGCAGCUGAGGCUGAUGCUAAGGAGAUAGUGUCUCGAGCUGGACAGUGAGGCAAGGCCAGGAGUGCCCACCAGCUUGCCCCGCUCCUCCACCAUCUAGGCCCUGCUCCUCCUUCACUGCAGUGAUGGAUCCAUCUGUGGCUGUGGCUGUUGGGCCUCCACUGACCUUGACUGAAAAGACCCUUCCUGGACCCUGGACUUGACAACAAAUGGCAUAGACACCAAUCACUCACAGAAUAGUCACUGGUUUUGGAUUCUUGUUUUCCUUGCAAGAACAAAAGGUUCUCUAGAAUCCUUCAGCCACCAAUGAAAUGAUCAGGCAGGAGAAAAACUUGAGAUGGGAGUCUUGUCAUCAAAAAUAAAUACAGUUGCAUGGA